AUGGAGAAGCCCGAAGACUUUUUGAAAGGACAAUGGGGGACAGAUUUAACGAUCCUGAGAUUAGGAAGCUUGGUGGAUGGAGUAGUCAAGAAUUGUGGAGGCUUGCCACUUUUUAUUGUUUCGUUGGCAAAAAGGUUGAAGCGUGGAGAUUUAGCUACAUGGAGGAAUGCAUUGAAUAUAGAAGGGUCAGAUGUAAAAUCACAAGUGGAACUAAAUUACAAAGACUUAGAAGAUGACAGAAUCAGAUUGGUGUUCUUGGUUUGUGCUCUAGACUCUGGGAGAACUUCCACGAGGGAUUUCCUCAUCUACUGCAUGGAUUGUGAUCACAAGGUAUUUUUCCGAAUGCACGACAUAUUUGUUGACGUGGCCAUCUCUAUUGCUUCCACGGAAUGGAACGCCUUGGUCGGCAGGAAGGGUGAUGGGUUUAAAAAAUGGUCAAAGGAUGAGCUCAGAAAGAGCAUGGCGAUAUCUUUCCCUAGGGUUGGCAUUGAGGAGCUUCCUGAAAAAUUGGACUGCCCAAACUUGAAGAUGCUUCUACUACUCGAACGCCAAUCAUCUCUCCAAAUUCCCCCAUCGUUUUUUGAAUCUAUGGAGAAGCUCCAAGUCUUGGACAUUAGUGGCUUAUCUUUUACCUCUCUGCCUACGUCGAUUGAGCUCCUUGAAAACCUCAAGUCCCUCUGUCUUGAUCACUGCCAUCUAGAGGAUGUGACUGUCAUUGGAAAGCUAAAAGGAUUGCAGUUCCUAAGUUUCCGUUACUCUACAAUCGCUCGGCUGCCCAAAGAAAUAGGUGGAUUAACGGAAUUGAGAUUUUUGGACUUGAGGGAGUGCCUUGGACUCAAAAUUAUUGAAUCGGGCGUGCUCAGAAGCUUGGUUAAUUUAGAAGAACUUUAUAUGGAAGAUAGUUUUGGUCAAUGGGAGGACGAGGAUAAAACACCACAAAAUAAUGCUAGCCUAGCUGAGUUGAAGAACAUGAAGAAUUUGAGCAUUCUGUCCAUUACCAUUCCUUAUUCUGUCAAUCUCUCGAGAGACUUGCCAUUUGGGAAAUUGAACGAGUAUAAUAUCCAAAUUGGGGAAGUUUGGGGUUGGUUGGGCAAAAACAAUGAAUCCAGAACUUUAAAGCUCAAGCUGGAUUCAGGCAAUCUUCUUCAUGAAGAGUGGGUGCAUAAGUGUUUGCAAAGAACACAAGAUCUCCACUUGGAUGGAUUGCAAGAUGGCAAUGAUAGCAUUCAUGAUUUGUGCGUCGAAGGUUUUCAGGAGUUGAAGCAUCUUCACGUACAAAAUAGCCCCUCAUUUCAGUAUGUUGUUCACUCCACGGAGAUUGUCCAGUGCACUACAUUUACGAAAUUGGAAUCGUUUUUCUUAAGAAUCUAA